CUCUAUUUUAUUCGUAUAUAUAUCUGUCAGACUAUAUUCUUUGGCCAAAAUCUCUUCAUCAGAGCAUGUUAUAUCUGUAAAACUAAUGAUUGUUUUUGGAAGUUUGUUAAUUGAUUUUCAGCUAUUUCUUACUUGUACACUUCUAAACUUUUGCAACUUUUCGUUUCUUUCUAACUUUUGUGGCAACCCUCUGAGAAUUGUGGAUGAAACAAUGGUGAGGCCAACAAAACGAAGAAAAGAAAUGCAUUCUAGAAACUCUGAUACACAAGAUUUUCCUGAGUUUUUCAAGGUUUAUCUGCCAGAACACAACUCCAACCAGCUGGUGAUACCUCCUGAUUUUGUUAAGAACUUCGAAGGGAAGACUAUGAAGAAAUUCAUCCUGAAAAACAUGCAAGGAGAAGGUUGGAAGGUAGAGUUAGAAAAGGCUGAAUGCAAGUUACUUAUGACAAAGGGUUGGGAAAGCUUUGUCAUUGAUAAUUCAUUGGCACGAGGGGAAUUCUUGAUUUUUACCUACAAAGGUAGUGGCGUGUUCUUUGUCAAAAUAUUCAGUACCAAUGGAUGCGAGAAAGAUGAAAGUACGGCUAUUGUUGACCAGCCAUAUGCAAAGCUGAAGCAGGAAACAAACUUAGACAAGAAUUAUAGCUGUCAUGCUGGUGCCUGUGAGAAGACAUAUUCAGAAAGAUGCAUGGAAGUUAAACAAGUCUCUGAAGAUUCAUGUGAUUUGAAGAAUAUACGAUUUAAAAAAGUUCAUGAUGCAAAGCCUUAUCAUUUGCACAUUCCUGCAGGUAUCUUCUCAGAAUACAACAUAAAACCGCCUUUAGUAAAUUUUCCAGAGAUUAUACUUCUCCGGGAUCAGAGAGGGGUUUCACAGGAAGUGAAGGUCUACAAGACGAAGGAUCGCCGUGUUUUGCUUACUUCUGGGUGGAGAAAUUUUCGGUUGGAAAGCAAAUUGGUCAAGGGAGAGGAGUAUGAAUAUGAGAUCAUCUUGGGUGAAGAGAGAAAAAUCAAAGAGAUUGUGCUGCUAAAUCGCCCAACAAAGACAUUAACUCAAGGACGUCACACUCUUUUGAGGCUAAGAAGCAGGUGAUUUCGUAUGUCAUCAUAAGAACUAGGUUUGAUGGUUAAGGACGAAAUUAUGCCAGAAUACUGACUGAGAAAUGAAAUUUUCUGAGCAUUCCCAGAAAAAUACUCCUCAAAUUUGUCAAUUUUUGUUGCGGAAAUAUGGACUAUGGUAGGCACUAAUUUAGUCCCCUGUGGUUUAAAUGUUACUCAUAGUUCUAAUAGACUAAUAUAUAAUCCUUCUCUGCAGCCUGCGCAUGCAGGUGUGUGUUAAACUUAUUUCUAUGUUUAGGAAUUUUGGUUAACUGAUUGAUUAACGAUAGCAUUACUACGU